AUGGAUCGCUGGGCUGUGCCCCCGGCCCUGACUUCUGGCUGUGAGCUGGAUGCAGUGACUUUUGAUGAUGUGCAUGUGAAAUUCACGGAGGAAGAGUGGAAUUUGCUGGAUCCUUCCCAGAAGAGUCUCUACAAAAAUGUGAUGUUUGAAACAUACCUGAACCUCAAAGCUAUAGGCUAUGAUUGGGAAAACCAUCAUCUUGAAGAACAUUGUCAAAGUAGUAGAAAACCUGAAAGGCAUGUAAGAAGAUAUACUGGAGUGAAACUCUAUGAGUGUAAUAUAUGGGGUAAAGCCUUUAGAAGAUCAAGUCAUCUCCAAUAUCAUAAAAUAGCACAUACUGGAGAGAAACCUGAGGAAUGUAAUCAAUGUGGUAAAGCCUUUGCACAGCACAGUGCUCUCCAAAUACAUAAAAGAACACAUACUGGAGAGAAAUCUUAUGAAUGUAAUCAAUGUGGUAAAGCCUUUGCACAGCACAGUGAUCUCCAAAGACAUAAAAGAACACAUACUGGAGAGAAACCGUAUGAAUGUAAUCAAUGUGGUAAAGCCUUUGCACAGCACAGUGAUCUCCAUAGACAUAAAAGAACACAUACUGGAGAGAAACCUUUUGAGUGCCAUCUAUGUGGUAAAGCCUUUGCACAGCGCAGUUCUCUACAAUAUCAUAAAAGAACACAUACUGGAGAGAAACCUUAUGAAUGCAAUCAAUGUGGUAAAGUCUUUGCACGUCACAGAAAUCUCCAAAGACAUAAACUGAUACAUACUGGAGAAAAACCUUAUGAAUGUAAUCAAUGUGGUAAAGUCUUUGCACAGCGCAUUCAUCUCCAAAGACAUAAAACAACACAUACUGGAGAGAAACCUUAUGAAUGUAAUCAAUGUGGUAAAGCCUUUGCAUGCCACAGUACUCUCAAAUACCAUAAUAUGACACAUACUGGAGAGAAACCUUAUGAAUGUAAUCAAUGUAGUAAAGCCUUUGCACAGCACAGUGAUCUCCAAAGACAUAAAAGAACACAUACUGGAGAGAAACCGUAUGAAUGUAAUCAAUGUGGUAAAGCCUUUGCACAGCACAGUGAUCUCCAAAGGCAUAAAAGAACACAUACUGGAGAGAAACCUUAUGAGUGCCAUCAAUGUGGUAAAUCCUUUGCACAGCACAGUUCUCUCCAAUAUCAUAAAAGAACACAUACUGGAGAGAAACCUUAUGAAUGCAAUCAAUGUGGUAAAGUCUUUGCACGUCACAGAAAUCUCCAAAGACAUAAACUGAUACAUACUGGAGAGAAACCUUAUGAAUGUAACCAUUGUGGUAAAGUCUUUGCAAGACCCAGUGAUAUACAAAGACAUAAACUGACACAUACUAGAGAGAAACCUUAUGAAUGUAAUCAAUGUUUUAAAGCCUUUUCAUGUCACAGUGAUCUCCAAAGACAUAAAAGAACACAUACUCUAGAGAAAACUUGUGAAUAUAAUCAAUGUGCUGUUCUUCCUGUCACUCGCCACAGCCGGCGGCCCCCAGGCUGCACACGUGUCUUCAUGCAGCCUCUCCCUCCCCAUCUGGGCCAGCAAGGCUGUCUCUUCCACAUCACACAUGGCCUCCCUCAUCCUUCCGCCCCGGGCCCAGGCACUGCUUCACCCAUUCAUCUUUUCUCCUCCUUCAUGUUCACUAGUGGUCGCCCUCCUGUGAGGCAGCUGUCCUCACAGUCUGGCCUAGGCCUCAGAGACCCUACUUCCCACUUUGGAAGACUGAGGAACGCAAAAGAGCUCCAGCUGCCACUGUCCCCAGGCCUCCUUCCUUCUUGCCUUACAGAAGGCCGUCUGUCUGUCCGCUUGUCUGUGGGCCAUGAAGCCUGA